AUGGUCCGAGGGGGGCGGGGCUGACGUCGCUCCGGGAACCGCCUGGUGGAGACGCCCAGGCCGGGUCCAGAGCGCUCACCGGCGCUGGGCCUAGCGGCUGCGGAUCUCAGCCCGAGCCCAUCUCCGAUCCCGACCCAGACCCAGCCCCGCGCCGCCAGCCCCGCCGCCGCCAUGUAUGACGCCGAGAGCGGCUGGAGCUUUUCCUUCGCGGGCUGCGGCUUCCUGGGCUUCUACCACGCCGGGGCGACCAGCUGCCUGAGCGAGCACGCCCCGCACCUCCUCCGCGAUGCGCGCGUGUUCUUCGGCGCCUCGGCCGGGGCGCUGAACUGCGUCUCCAUCCUCUGCAAGAUCCCGCUGGAUCAGUUACUGGGGAUCCUCUCGGACCUUGUCCGGAAGGCCAGGAGUCGGAACAUCGGCAUCUUCCAUCCAUCCUUCAACCUAAACAAGUUACUCCGACAGAUUCUCUACAAAUACCUCCCAGCCAACGCCCACCAGCUAAUCUCGGGCAAAAUAUGCAUCUCGCUCACCAGAGUGUCUGAUGGAGAAAACGUUCUGGUGUCACACUUUUGGUCCAAAGACGAAGUCGUGGAUGCCUUAUUGUGUUCCUGCUUCAUCCCUUUCUACAGUGGCCUCAUCCCUCCUUCCUUCAGAGGCGUGCGAUACAUGGAUGGAGGAAUGAGUGACAGCAUGCCCUUCAUUGAUGCCAAAACAACCAUCACCGUGUCCCCCUUCUAUGGGGAGUACGACAUCUGCCCUAAAGUCAAGUCCACGAACUUUCUCCACGUGGACAUCACCAAGCUCAGCCUGCGCCUCUGCUCGGGGAACCUCCACCUUCUAUUGAUGGCAUUUGUCCCCCCGGAUCUCAAGGUGCUGGGAGAGAUAUGCCUUCGAGGGUAUUUGGACGCGUUCAGGUUCUUGGAAGAGAAGGGCAUCUGCAGCAGGCCCCAGCCUGGUCUGAAGUCAUCCUCAGGAGGGAUGGGUUCUGAGGUCACCGUGCCUGCCUGGGAAAACAUGAGCCUGGAGUCUUCCCCAGAGCUGGCUGCCAUGGCUGUGAGGCUGGAGGGAGAUGAGCUGCUGGACCACCUGCGUCUCAGCAUCCUGCCCUGGGAUGAGAGCAUCCUGGACACCCUCUCGCCCAAGCUCGCUUCAGCACUGAGUGAAGCACUGAAAGACAGAGCUGGAUACAUGAGCAACAUUUGCAACUGGCUACCCGUUAGGGUCAUGUCUUACGUGAUGCUGCCUUGUACCCUGCCCGUGGAGUCUGCCAUUUCGAUUGUCCACAGACUGGUGACAUGGCUUCUGGAUAUUCCCGACGACAUCCAGUGGCUGCAGUGGGUGACCUCGAAGAUCUUCACUCGAGCGCUGAUGUGUCUGCUUCCCACGUCCAGGGCUCAAAUGCCAGCGAGCCACCAACAGGCCUCCCCGUGCAAACCCAAGCAGGACUGGGACUGCUGGACUCCCUGCUCCCCCGUGGUCUGUCCUGCGGAAGCCAAAGCAGAGGCCGCCCCACGGUCCAUCCUCAGGUCCAGCCUGAACUUCUUCUUGGGCAGUAAAGUACCUGCGGGCGCUGAAGGGCUCUCCGCCUUUCCCAGUUUUUCACUGGAGAAGAGUUUGUGAGUCAUUUAAGGAGGCGAGUCUAGGAGAUUCUUUCAGAGGUGCUAAAGAUUCUCAUCUGUGUUCACUACCUCUGCACUGCUGUGUGAUCACCCUGCCUGUGAUGUGGAGGUCCCAGCUCUGAGCUGAGGUGGUUUUAUGAAAAGCUGGGAACCAACCCUGAGUCUGUGUGGCAGUCCAGCACUUAAGUCUAACACGUAAGCAUGCAUUAGCUUAGCUGGUUGGGAAAUGACACCAGGAAGCCCAGCGCAGACAGUCCCUUACUGACUGUUUCACAGCCCAAUGAAUGGUUGGACUGUUCCAGUGCCAGGUUCUUAGAAUGACUGGUGUUUGGAUGGGUCGGGGCCUUGUGGUGGGUGCUGGGCUGGCGUAUGUGCGAUCCUACGGGGUGGAAGGAAGAGAACAAUAGGAUCCCACCUCUCCGUGCAGUGGGAGGGGGUGCAGUUGGUCCCCAAGAAGGACACUGCCUGUCAGGUGGCUUGCAGAGAUAAUUGCCUUGACACCUAAAAACAUCUCCUUGCAGGGGUAACAAAAUGAUAACCUAUUUACAUUUUAGAACACCUUUUUCACCUAACUAAAAUACUGUUUAAAGAAUUUUUUAAAAAAGUUUUGUUAUCUGUCGAAUUUUGUAUUAUGUGAAUCAAUGAGAUGUUAAAUAGAAAAAGCCUU